AUGGUUGAACCAGCGGAGCCGCCUUGGGGCCGUGGAGAUGGAGCUCCCAUCCCGGGUGCGGGCAGGCCUCCCUAUCCCUCGAUGAAAGAAUUGCAGAACAUGGCAGCUUGCUUGAACUUGGGUGAUGACCCGUCGUUAAAUGAGCUGUUACAUAUCUCCGAAGAUGCCAUCAGCAAGUCCAAAACCCUCGUCCAGCGAGGUAAACCCGAUUCUGCUCUUGUCUACUACCUCCGUGCCUCUGAUAUUACUGUCAACAUGAUUCCCCGCCACCCAGAUUUUACGUAUAUGAAGCAGAACCACCCAAGAUGGGCAGACCAGUUUGCCAGGCUAAUGAUGCUGGUUGAUUCACAGCACAAGACAAUGGAGGAGAUCAAGCGGAAAAUUACAGCCAGCAACAACGCCGCAGGGCACUCUCGCUCGACGUCAACCCCAGGUUCUGCGCCAUUACGCAUGCCGAGCCCCUCCAGCUUUCACAGACAAUCUUUAAACACCACUCCACAUAGCUCAGGAGGCAGCAGGCCUGCCAGUGAAUUGAUACCAGCGCAGGAUCCCCUUGCACAGAGACUCGCCGGAUUGAGAAACCAACGAUAUAAUGCUGUUCCACCCAGUAAUUCAUCGAGCGACAGAGCAAAUGGCUCUUUGUAUACUAAUACCGGCAUCGAUGGGAACUACGCUGCGUAUCGACCACACCCACAGUCACAGACUCAUUCAAGCCAGCUCAGCCAUACGCCUUUGAAGCCACUGGGCCCCAGAGAGAUGCAGCUGUCUGCCCCGACUGUCCCCCCAAAGGUCCCCAUCUCUACAGUAGACCCGCAACUCCCUAGAUACCCAAGCCCUGCUUAUAAUCCUAUAUGGACAGUGCCCUCAACGCCAACUCCCAACCCUCCAAGGACAUCUGUAGAAAGUAUACGCAAUACCAUCUACAAACAAACAAACACUGGAGCCACCAAUUCCAACAGCAGCCUUAACACCAGCGCAGAUAACCCGUACCGCUCGCAGACACCUAACGGGUUCCGGCCUGAGGCUGAGUCCGGAAACAGAAGCCCGGACAUCUAUGUUGGUCCCACGAUCAGUGCUGCCAAGCUGGUAGAAUAUAUUCGAAAGUAUGACGUCCUACUUAUUGACGUUCGAUCACGAGAUCAAUACGAUGCAGGUCACAUAUAUGCCAAGUCCAUCUUAUGCAUCGAGCCUGUAGCGUUGAAGGAGAACAUAUCGGCAGAAGAGCUUGAAGAUCGCCUGAUUAUCUCACCCGACACAGAGCAAUCGUUAUUUUCCAGGCGAAACGAGUUUGACCUCGUCGUCUACUAUGAUCAAAGUACCGUUGAGCCAACAUAUUUGAUAGGGUCCCCUGCUGGCAAUGCAGUCCCACACCUGCGCGCUCUUUAUGAUACCUUAUAUGAGUUCAACUUUUACAAGCCGUUAAAGGAUGGCCGACCUCCAGCUCUUCUUGUCGGUGGUUUGGAUGCGUGGGUUGAUUUGGUUGGGCCACAGUCACUAGCCACCUCUCAAACCAGUGCUAUAUUAAGCUCUGUCCGCGCUAGAAGGCAAGCGCCCAACUCUGACCAGCCUUUGCGGAGGAACCCUACUGCAAGCGCAAAUUCAAGUUGGGAGGUGAGAAAGAGGCGGCUACGUGACUAUAAACCUCUUAAUCCUGAAGAGGAACGGGCGUGGCUUGAAAAGGCGAGGAACGAAGAAAUAGACACCAACUACGUUGCCGAAGAAGGGGAUAUAACUGAAGAACCGGAAGAUAUUGACGGAUCUGCUCUACAACAGACGGCCUCGUUCGUACAUACGUAUGAAGACUUCCUCAGAAGGUUCCCUGAACCAAACGAUAUCCGAGAGUCUAUGGUGCAUUCAGGGAAUGCAGUACAAUUCCCAUUGUACGAUGCCGCAGCUGUACCAACCCCGUCAAGGCCACCCCCUGCCAUCCCUCGACCAAGCUAUAGUGGUGUUGCGGACCGUGGCCAGACACAGCCACCGCUCGCUCGGCAAUCGUCUGCCCAUAAACAGGCAUUAUACUCUUCCCCAAUCGACCGACUGAGGCUCCCACGAACUGGGCUUAUCAAUUUAGGCUCAACCUGCUACAUGAAUUCGAUAAUACAGAGUCUCAGCGCCACCAUCUUGCUUACCAAGUUCUUUGUGGAUAAUCGCUUCCAUACACAAGUUCAAAAGAACUGGAAAGGAUCUCAAGGAGUCUUGCCAGGCUUGUUUGCGAAUUUAAUACGGUCUUUAUGGAAGAAUGAUGUCGAGGUAAUCCGGCCCACAUCAUUCCGGAAAUUCGUUGGCCGAUUGAACACAGAGUGGGCAGGAAGCCAGCAACAAGACGCAAAGGAGUUCUUUGACGUAUUAGUCGAUUGUUUGCACGAGGACCUCAAUCUACAUUGGCAACGCACGCCUUUACGUCCACUAACAUUUGCGGAGGAGAUGCGCCGAGAACAAAUGCCAAUUCACAAAGUAUCAGAUAUCGAAUGGGCCCGAUACUCACACCGUGAACUAUCAUACGUAUCGUCCCUUUUUGCAGGACAGCAUGCCAGUCGGCUUCGCUGCACCACAUGCCGAAAAACUUCCACGACAUAUGAAGCAUUCUAUAGCAUUAGCGUCGAAAUCCCGGUCACAGGAACCGGAGAUAUCUACCAGUGCCUCAAGAGCUACUGUCAAGAGGAAGUACUCAGCGGCGACGAAGUAUGGAAAUGCCCAUACUGCAAACGAGAGCGAGAAGCAGCGAAACAGAUUAUCCUCACUCGCGCUCCUCGAUUCCUAGUCUUUCAUUUCAAAAGGUUUUCCGCCUCCAGACGACAACAAGCGCGUAAAAUCCAUACGCCAGUUUCUUUCCCCCUUAGCGGCCUUGACAUGACCCCCUUUAUGAUUCAACACCCUCAGCAUACCCAAUCUUCUCGCCCUGUCUCUCCUCUACCAAAUAGCAAUGGCGAUACCCUUGAUUCGAAAUCAAACUCACACCCCUCCUCAAAAUCCCAGUCGGUGCUAGCGAGUCAUGACCUUGCUACGUCCACUCCAUAUAUUUAUAAUGCCUAUGCCGUCGUCCGGCACUUAGGCUCAACGAUGAAUGAAGGCCAUUAUAUCUCCUUGGUUAGAGACGAACAGCGCAAGUGUUGGCGGAAAUUUGAUGAUCAACGAGUAACGGAUUUCCAACCAAGUUCUUCCCGGUCUUCACCUGAUAAUUUGCAAAACGAGCAGGCAUACCUAGUUUUUUACGAACGGGCCCCAGCUAACUGA